AAAAAAACUCAAAGAAACUCUGGUUGAAUAGCGUAAAAACCUCAUUCGCAAGUUCUUUACAGACAAUAAGCAGCCCGGCUAAAACAAUGAAGGCAGUGGCGAUCACGACACCCGGUGGGCCGGAAGUUCUUCAAAUCCAAGACGUGGAAGACCCAAAGAUGAAAGACGAUGAGGUGCUGAUCAAAGUGGCAGCCACCGCGCUCAACCGAGCGGACACCCUUCAGCGUCAAGGGAAAUACCCACCUCCGAAAGGCGAGUCUAAUUACCCUGGUCUCGAGUGUUCCGGUACUAUCGAAGCUAUCGGCAAAAAUGUCAACAAGUGGAAAGUCGGUGACAGAGUAUGUGCUCUUAUUGGUGGUGGAGGCUAUGCAGAGAAAGUUGCUGUGCCAGCUGGGCAGGUUUUUCCCGUUCCACCUGGCAUUUCUUUGCACGAUGCAGCCAGUUUCCCUGAAGUGGCUUGUACGGUUUGGUCAACUGUCUUUAUGACUAGCCAUCUAUGCUCCGGGGAAACUUUCUUGAUACAUGGGGGCUCUAGUGGAAUUGGUACAUUUGCCAUUCAAAUGGCUAAGUACAUUGGUGUGAAAGUAUUUGUCACAGCAGGAAGCGAGGAAAAGCUUGCUGCUUGCAAGGAUCUUGGAGCAGACGUUUGCAUAAAUUACAAAACUGAGGACUUUGUCACCCGUGUGAAGACAGAAACAGGCGGAAAAGGUGUUGAUGUUAUAUUGGAUAACAUUGGAGGGCCAUACUUUCAGAGAAACAUCGACAGCCUUAAUGUUGAUGGGAGGUUAUUCAUCAUUGGCUUCAUGGGAGGCACUAUUACAGAGGUGAAUCUUGCAGGUUUGCUUGCAAGACGCCUCACGGUUCAAGGUACUUCCAUAAAUCCCUAUAUCUCUUUGUACCUACACGUUCAAUUGUUCAC